CAUGGCCGCUCGGCCGCGCCGCUCCGCUCCCCAACGCUCGGGCUCUGGAGGCUAGCGGGAGAGAGCUCUGCUCCCGGCAUGGCGACGACGGCCGAGCUGUUCGAGGAGCCUUUUGUGGCCGAUGAAUAUAUCGAACGUCUUGUAUGGCGAACUCCAGGAGGAGGCUCGAGAGGGGGCCCUGAAGCAUUUGAUCCUAAAAGAUUGUUAGAAGAAUUUGUAAAUCAUAUUCAAGAACUUCAGCUGAUGGAUGAAAAAAUUCAAAGGAAAGUAGAAAAACUAGAGCAACAGUGUCAGAAAGAAUCGAAGGAAUUUGCAAAGAAGGUUCAAGAACUCCAGAAAAGCAAUCAGGUUGCCUUCCAACAUUUCCAAGAACUUGACGAGCACAUCAGCUACGUGGCAACCAAGGUCUGUCACCUUGGAGACCAGUUGGAGGGGGUAAACACACCCAGACAACGGGCAGUAGAGGCUCAGAAAUUGAUGAAAUACUUUAAUGAGUUUCUAGAUGGAGAAUUAAAAUCUGAUGUUUUUACGAAUUCUGAAAAGAUAAAGGAGGCUGCAGACAUUAUUCAGAAGUUGCACCUAAUUGCGCAGGAGUUGCCAUUUGAUAGAUUUUCAGAAGUAAAAUCCAAAAUCGCAAGUAAAUACCAUGAUUUAGAAUGCCAAUUGAUUCUGGAAUUUACUAAUGCUCAAAGAAGAGGUGAAAUCUCCAGAAUGAGAGAAGUAGCCGCCGUUUUACUUCACUUUAAGGGUUAUUCCCAUUGUGUAGAUGUUUAUAUAAAGCAGUGCCAGGAGGGUGCUUACUUGAGAAAUGAUAUAUUUGAAGAUGCUGCAAUACUCUGUCAACGGGUGAACAAACAAGUUGGAGACAUCUUUAGCAAUCCAGAAACAGUGCUGGCGAAACUGAUUCAAAAUGUAUUUGAAUUCAAGCUACAGAGUUUUGUGAAAGAACAAUUAGAAGAAUCUAGGAAAUCUGAUGCAGAACAGUAUCUCAAAAAUCUUUAUGAUCUAUAUACAAGAACCACCAGUCUUUCCAGCAAGUUGAUGGAGUUUAACUUAGGUACUGAUAAACAGACCUUCUUGUCCAAGCUUAUCAAAUCCAUUUUCAUUUCCUAUUUGGAGAACUAUAUUGAAGUGGAGACUGGAUAUUUGAAAAGCAGAAGUGCUUUGAUUCUGCAGCGCUAUUACGAAUCAAAAAACCAUCAAAAGAGAUCGAUUGGCACAGGAGGUAUUCAAGAUUUGAAAGAGCGAAUCAGACAGCGGACCAACUUACCACUGGGGCCAAGUAUCGAUACUCACGGGGAAACCUUCCUAUCCCAAGAAGUGGUGGUUAAUCUUUUACAAGAAACCAAACAAGCUUUUGAAAGAUGUCAUAGGCUCUCUGAUCCUUCCGAUUUACCAAGGAAUGCCUUUAGAAUUUUUACCAUUCUUGUGGAAUUUUUAUGUAUUGAACAUAUUGAUUAUGCUUUGGAAACAGGUCUUGCUGGAAUUCCUUCUUCAGAUUCUAAGAAUGCAAAUCUAUAUUUUUUGGAUGUUGUGCAACAGGCCAAUACAAUUUUUCAUCUUUUUGACAAGCAGUUUAAUGAUCACCUCAUGCCACUAAUAAGCUCUUCUCCAAAAUUAUCUGAAUGCCUUCAGAAGAAAAAAGAAAUAAUUGAACAAAUGGAGAUGAAACUGGAUACUGGCAUUGAUAGAACUUUAAAUUGUAUGAUUGGACAGAUGAAGCAUAUCUUAGCUGCAGAACAAAAGAAAACGGACUUUAAGCCAGAAGAUGAAAACAGUGUUCUCAUUCAAUGCACUAAUGCCUGUGUUAAAGUCUGUUCUUGUGUAAGAAAGCAAGUGGAAAAGAUUAAAAAUUCCAUGGAUGGAAAGAAUGUGGACACCGUUCUGAUGGAACUUGGAGUUCGUUUUCAUCGACUUAUUUUUGAGCAUCUUCAACAAUAUUCCUACAGCUGUAUGGGUGGCAUGUUGGCCAUUUGCGAUGUCGCUGAAUAUAGGAGGUGUGCCAAAGACUUCAAGAUUCCACUGGUAUUACAACUUUUUGAUACUCUGCAUGCACUUUGCAAUCUUCUGGUAGUUGCCCCAGAUAAUUUGAAGCAAGUCUGUUCAGGAGAACAACUUGCCAACCUGGACAAGAACAUUCUUCACUCCUUUGUACAACUUCGUGCUGACUAUAGGUCCGCCCGCCUCGCUCGACAUUUCAGCUGAGGGUGAAUUUACCGGGAUCACGAGCCGUAUUACAGGCCUUGGAUGGCGGAAAGCACAGGAGAUUCCUUAGGACACGGCCAGCGUGUAUGGGGGUGGGAGGACUGUUUUGAAAAACAGCAGCCAUACUUGACGUCGAGUAUUUAUUUGACAUUUGGACACUACUAGCCAUAUUUUUGCUUUUUUUGCGCUUACGUUAAAUUUUAAUUCCACUCUGAACUUAAAAACUCCACGUUCUGUGAAAGUCCAUUUGACUGCAUCCUUCGGGAAAAUGGGGAAGUUGCCAGUGUUUCAAGUUCUUCCUCCAACAUGUUCCAUUGGGAAAUUUCACUACCCUGUUUUAUGCGUUAAUGCUAAGGUACAGCAAAAUUGUUUUCAUUAUUUAUCAAUUUAAAUAUCCUUUUCAGCACUGGCCAUUGCUAGUCAAGUUAUUUUAGAUUUUCCUGGAGGACAGUUGCCUUUUUUUCAGAAGAUUGUUUUAACAGUU